UCCCGGCGGCCCAGAGCGCCCCGCGCGGAGCACUUCCGGGUCAGAGGUCGCCGCUCCGCCAGCGCGGGCUUUCUCAGUUGCCGGGACCCCGCAUCCCUCCCCUCCCCCUGCCAUGGCGGAGGCCGCCCCCUCCCCCUCCCCUUCCCCUUCCCCCCCCCGCCGCCGCCGCCGCCGCCCCCGACCCUCCCCCAACCCGCUUUUCAUCCGGUGGCUCCGGGAGUGGCGGGACGAGGCCGUCGGGACGCGGGCGAGGGGCGUCUACGAGCGGGCGCUGGGCUCCCUGCGCCGCUUCCCGCUGCCGCUGGGCUCCGGGCGCGCGGCCGCCGUCCUGCGGCACUUCGGGCCCCGCCUCUGCCGCCGCCUCAGCCUGCGCCUGCGCCGCCACCGCGCCGAGCAAGGCCUCCCCCCCAGCCCCCCCGCAGAGGGGCGGGGCCCGGAGAUCCCCUUGGCUCCGCCCACACGCCGCCCCGCCCGCGACUACCGGCCCCUCCCCCGCUCGGCGGCCCACGCCCUCCUGCUGACCCUGCACGCGAGCACAGAGCCCCUCCCAGGGGCGGAGCUCCUGCGCCAGGCCCAGCCCCUCUGCGACCGGCCCCUGAGCCCGGCAGCCCCCGGGGGGGCUCUGGGCCCCCUCCUCCGCCGGGACCUGCUGCAGCGGAGCGGCCCGCCCCCCCCGGUACUCGCUGACCCCACGGGGUCAAAUCCUGGCCCAGCGAUUGGCUGCUGCCGCCCUGGAAGCCCCUCCCCCACCCCAGGAGUCCGGGGAGCCCCCCCUGCCGGGGGGGGAGGAGCAGCCCCCUCCCCCCUCCCCACCGGCCGCCCCCGAGCUGGAGUUCGAGCUGAGACCCGGCGAGUUCGACAUCAUCCUCUGCGCUGACGUCAGCGAGGCCAGCGGGUGCCGUCCCCUCCCCCACCCCGCCCCCACCCC